AUGGCUUCCACUUCCUCCGCGGCGGUCCUGUUGGGCAGACAAUUGAAACAAAUGCAAUCUGAUAAGGAUAUCCCUGGAAUCAGCUGCGGGUUGGUGGACGACAACAUCUUCGAAUGGACCGUCAUCCUUUUGAUCAACGACGACUGCAAAUACUACGGCGGUGGCCUCUUCCGUGCGCGGCUGUCCUUCCCACCAGAAUACCCAUUGAUGCCACCCAAGAUGAAGUUCGAAACUCCGAUAUUCCAUCCCAACGUCUAUCCUUCCGGCGAAGUAUGCAUUUCGAUCCUCCAUCCUCCCGAAGAAGACAAAUAUGGAUAUGAAUCAGCCGCCGAGAGAUGGUCCCCUGUGCAAUCCCCCGAAUCGAUAUUGAUCUCCGUGAUCAGCAUGCUGAGCAGUCCCAACGACGAAAGCCCGGCUAAUGUCGACGCGGCAAAGUUGUGGAGAGAAGAUCCCAAGGCUUUCAGGCGGAAAUGUCAAAGGAUAGUUCGGGAGAGUCUUGGUGACGAAUAA